AUGACAACAACACCAUCGACAAUGGCCAGCCUUCUCGCCCAAGAAGAGGAAAUGAAUGCAACCCUCCAAGAAGCUCUAUCAUGCACUACCUGCACCCUGCACCUCACCAAAGCGAGUAUGCGCCAGGAUCUCAAAACGGGUGUGUACAAUCCGUUGCGCGAUCCGCCGUUUUCGCAUUCACACGCGAAGGCUUGUCUAAGCGAGGAAUGUGGGGAUAGGGAUGGGGAUGAGGAUGAUCAUGGUUCGGAUUACUUCGAUUCCGGUGAUUCUGCAUCUGGAACUGGAUUUGAGAAUCAGUCUGGUUCAGGCUGUUACUCCGGAGACGACGAAGAAUGGGACGAAGAAGGAAUAUCCCCCCUCUCCAAACCAACCCGCAAGCAAAUCCCGCAAUACACGCGUUUGAUCACGCCGCUUCAACGACUCUCGUACCAAUCCUGUGUUUCGGAUGUUCUCAGCCAAGGACGGAAACAGGGACUUGAACUGGUCAAGCCAGUGAAAAGCGAUGAAGAGGAUGAAGAUCUUCGUUUUGCAUACUACCAAGUCGACUACCAUAUUCAUCUGCACGAUCGUGCACGCUGUGAUAUGUUGACACUCUGCCGCGAUAUCGGGGAUGUGAGGCAGUUGCGUGGGUGGGAGAUUGAGAUGAAGCAGCUGGAUGAAGUAGAGGCUAGAGUAGUUGAUAAGUCUGAUCCUACUACCCCGGUAGCAGCAGCAACAGCAACAACACCAGCAGAAGCUGAGCUCUUCACAGUCCACCAAACAGCACUGUGGAAACGACGCUGGCGACUCCGCCAAAGACGCAUCAACGAUGUGAGAAGAAAAUGGGCGCAGAUCAUGGCAGAGCGCAAGAGACAGCGCGAGGAGCUGCUGCUGGAAAGGCAAAAGAUGUUUCGCGCCAAGGUGAAGUUGUAUACCUGGAAGGAGGGAGAUAAAGUGUUGCUGAGGGAGUUGAGCUUGUAA